GCCAGCACCUUGUCGGCCCAUUGACAGCUUCAAGAGCUCUUCUAAAAUCGGAAUAUCACUUGAUACCCUUGUCCAAACCAAUUCAACAGUUCUUUAGCUCCAAAUUCCCGAUCACCACAGAGCCAUGGAGGGACAUAAAAGAUGGCAUGUCCUUGAUCCCUCCCUUCUUCACAGUCACAACAGCGCUUCUACUCAACCCUCUUCUUCCUUCCAAUCCACUUCUAUUCUCACAGAAUACAGUCAAUCUUUUGUUUCAUCAUAAACAUUAGCGAUUCUGUUCUCUAGAUCUCCUUGAGUUCUAUAACUAUACACAUCAUGAAUACCAUCAUGCAACUUUCCGCUCUUCUCCUCGCCUUCUUCACCCAAACCACACUCGCCACUUGGCCCAAGCGAGGUGUCCCCUUCAACGACGUUUCUCUCAUUCAACAAUUUAACGGCGGCGGUUCCGAAGUCAAUUGGGCUUGGAACUGGGAUUCAUAUAUGCCAAACUCCUUCCCCACCACCAUGGAAUUUAUCCCUUGUCUCUGGUCCGACUCCUCCGAUCACACUUCAAACUGGGCUGCUAAUGUCAACGCCGCCAUUGCUCGUGGUACUGGCCAUGUUAUGGCUUUCAAUGAACCCGAUGCAUGCGGAGGAGAUCAAUCAUGCAUGAGUCCCCAACAAGCUGUUAAUGCGUGGAAGACCUACAUUCAACCUUUUGCAGGUCGUGUUGCAUUGGGUGCCCCACAAGUCACAAAUGGUGCUAGCGGAUUGCCUUGGUUGGAAUCUUUCUUGAGCUUGUGCACAGGCUGCCAGAUUGAUUUUGUGCCCAUUCAUUGGUAUGAGGGUGUCGGUGGUCAAAAUUAUUUGGCAGACUUUUAUAAUUAUGUCGGUGCUGCGUAUGCUGCUGGUGGAAAUCGUCCAAUCUGGGUUACUGAGGUAUGUUAUUCUUUUUUUCGUCUCUUUCUUCGGUUUAGCAUGUUGUUCUUUGCCCAUUAUUCCCUCUCAUUGCGAUUGAUCUUCCUUACCAAACCAUCUCCACCAUUGAAUAGAUUACUUCAUCGUCAUUCAUUUUCAACACACAUUUUCCCUCCUUACACACACUCUCUCCAAAAUUCUAACUUCGCAUCCACAAACCAGCCAUCCCUGCUUCUGAUCAUCUGCUAACUCUUUUUCACUGAUAGUUCGCACUCUGGAACCCAGCCACCGAAGCCGACCAAGAAUAUUUCAUUGGCCAAGUAAUGCCCUGGAUGGACAACCUCUCCUGGGUUUCCCGCUAUUCCUGGUUCAUGUGCACUUCCGAUCGCACCUUGGAACCGCAAGGUUCAUUGUGCAAUGCUGAUGGAUCUUUGAGCACUUUGGGAAAUGUCUAUACCUAUUCUGCUUUUUAAGUUUGGGGUAUUGCUGUGAAGAUGUAUUGAAGGGAGGAAUAAUGGGAGAGAGAGUGAGGUCACUAAAAUUUCUUUUGUUGAACGAUGGAUGUUGAUGGUUGAUGAUUAAUGAUUGCGCGGGAAAAUAGAUAAUAGAUAAUAGAUACCGAUAUGGAUUGGAUCAUUAUAGCUAGCUUUUCAGCGGUAUCAUAGAUAGAUAGGCUCGGAUAUCUUUGCUAGUUUUAGCUUUGUAUUCGGCUUCCAAUGCAAUAGAUCCUUUUGCUACCAAAUGAUUCCUCGUGGCUUUUGCUUGCUUGGUGUUGUGA